AUGGGUGAUUCAACAAUAAUGAAUGGUAGUGAUAAUAAUUUAGAUACAAUAAAAGUAACUGAUAUUGAAAAUUAUAAAAGUGCUUUUGCACGAUCGGUUGCAAUCAAUUCAAAACGAAAACAUUUCGAUGAUAGUAUUCAAUCAGUAAUUCGUUCGAAUAAUACAAUAUUAUCUGUGCCAGAAGAAUCAACAAAUAGUACAUUGGCAAAUGAAGUUGAAGUAAUUAGACUGAGAAAGGAAUGCCAAAAUCUUGUAGAAGAAAAUCGUCGUUUAAAUAAUGGUCUUGGAACUAACAAUCGGUCCUGUAAUGGUAUUGGAAACACUGAUGAUCUCCCCGUUGAGAGUUUUGUGUUGCAGUCUCAAGUCAAUACUUUACAAUGGCAAUUGAAACAGACUGAAUCCAGUCGUUUAAUGUAUCGUGAAGUUAUGGAACAGAUGGUGUGCUUUCUUGAAAGAGCUCAUAGAAGUUUAGAUUUAUUACAAGAACGCCUUCAAAGUCCAAAUAGCUCAACGUCAACAUUACGCCGACAGUCAUGUGUUCCAAGAUCUCGCAGUGUUCAUCAAGUGUCGACACCGCCCCCACCAGUUCUUCGAGCACAUAGUACAGCACAAAUUCAACAAGAUACGACUGAUUUUUCGAACUUUAAUGGCUUUAAAGAUUAUACAUGGCGCAAACAAAAAUUACAAGAACCAACACCAGAAGAAAUUUCACCAGAAACUUUAUCCCAAGAAGCGUUCAGACUACUGCGCACAGCUCAGUCGUUACUGAACACACGAGAACCAGACCUGGUAAAUCAUUGUAAUUCAUCAUUUUCACCGAAUACUAAUGAAAUAUCAAAAGAAGAUAAAACAGAUAUAGAGCAAGCUGAUCAAGAAUUUCUUACACAAUUAUCACGAGAAUUUCCACCACAAAAUUCACUAAAACUUGCCAAUUCAAAUGCACCACAAAUUUCUACAGCUUUUAACAGAAAAUUAUCUUUACAAAGAACAUCCUCGAAUUCUUCAAAACGGAACAGUCUCAUCGAAACAGAUUUUCCCGUAUUGCCAUCUACUGCUGAAUAUGAAACAUCAUUCUCUGGUAAACAAAAGAGACAUAGUGUAUCUUCAAAUCAAUCUUUGCCAACAAGUUCGCCAAAUUCUACACUAAAUCGACAGUCUGAUAUGAAUUACUCAUUUGAUAAUGUUAAAGAAAAAUCGCGUUCACCGCCCAUGGGCAGUGUCAGUUCAGCAGAAGAUGAAAGUGGGUUUUCAUCUAUGAGUUCAUUUCAAGAAAUCGGAUUACCAGUUGUGAAUUCAACAAUUAUCGAAACAUUAGAAAAAGGGAAUGAUUCGCCUAUUGUUAGAAAUAAUAGUUUUACAUCGGAUAAAAUUAAAGAAAAACUUUGUUGGCUAAAUCAAGAUAUAGGAUUACCAUCGCAUGACUCUAAAGCUACACCCACUCAUCCAAUACAUAGACGAUGGAGUUCGAAUCCUGUAGAAUCAGCUAAACGAGAUCCUUUAAGAGUAUUGUGGGUUUAAAAAUAUGUUAUUUAUUAAA